ACAAGGGUGUUUAUUGCAAUUAUUGAAUUUACGAAAGGAUAUAUACCCCAUGCGACAUUUUACGGCUUCUCACAAAUCCGUUCUAGAAACAAAAAGAAAUCCCAUAGUCAUCACUUCCGCCAUUUUAGAAUAACAGAUCAAGAAAUCCAUGGCGAUCGCUGAUAUCCAUCAAGAUAUCAUCAAAACCCACAUCUUGACCAGACUCGACGGUCAAACUCUCUCCGCCGCCGCAUGUGUAUCCUUGCAACUACAAUCCCUUUGCUCCGACGACAAAUUAUGGUCCGGUAUUUGCUCUGCCAAUUGGCCCUCCACCGAUGACCCUCUAGUCCGCCAAGCCAUCUCCAACUUUCCCUCCGGCCACCGUUCCUUCUUCUCCGACUCCUACCCAUUUCCCUCCCACCGCCUCACCACCACCACCACGUCACCGUCUGCACCAACAUCCCAAAUCAUCUCCGCCGUUGACCUGCGAUACCAUGACGAACUUGUGUUUUCGAAAGUUGAAUCCACGAACAUCACACACAGCGACUGGUUCCGAUCGUCCCCCUUUCGUAUUGAUCUUCUUGAACCAAAGGAACUCGUCCCGUCAGCCGUAAAAUUCUCCGGCGACGAUCACGUAAUGCAAUCGAAUCUUGAAAAACACAUGACGUUGAGUUGGAUCCUGAUAGACCCAAUCCAACACCGGGCAGUAAAUCUAUCCAGCAUAAAACCCGUUUCCGUCCACCGGAACUGGUUGACUGACGACAUAGAGUUGACCUUCGCCGUCGUGACCGCCACCUACGUGAAGUGCAACAUAGAAAUGACAUGUGGGGUAAAAGAAGGCAGCGGGGAGGUAUACGUGAGUGGGGUGAGUUUAACGGUACAAGACGUGGAUGGCAAGUGUUUGAAUGGGAAGGACAGUAUGGUAAUUUUACAAGGACUUGCGGUGGCGCAGCGGCGGAGCAGGAAACACAGCGGCGGAGGAGAGGAGGAGAGAGAUAGGUACAAAGAGUAUAUUCAAAGGAGGAGAGAGAGAGACGAGAAGACGGAGAGGAGAGAGAGGCGGCUUGACAUGGCUUGCGUUGUUAGUGGGGUAGCCUUCUUCGUGGCAUUUUGGUCAUUUGCUCUCUUUUAAGUUUUACAUUCAAUUAUGCCUAAAAACGUAACAGUGAAAUUUCUCCGUACGUUUAUUUGGCAAGAUUCUUUUAUUGAUUCCAUUUUUUAUGAUAUAU